AUGGAGAAUAACUCUCCACAGUUGGUGAUUCCAUCAUCAGUGAAGGCCAUCAUCUCAAGGAUCGAAGCUGCCCAGCUAACUCGAGCUCGUAAGGAUAUUUCUAACCAGCUCUCAGACAUUUUGGGCAAUGUCGAUAGUGUCAUCAACCACUUCCAGGAAGAAUUAGGAUAUGAUUUAAAAGAAAAGGCAAUCAUUCAUAUUGGACAAAUGGAAAAAAAGAGAUACAUCUUGCUGGAUAAAAUUGCCUCUUUCUCCAAAGAUGCUGAGAUGAAAGAGAAACACCUGUAUGACAUCUUCUGCUGGCUGAGUGACUGGGGUGACAGUUUGACCUAUGAGAUCAAGAGGAGUGAGAAAGAAGAGGAGGCCUUGGAUGAGUGGAUUGAGGUGAUGGAGAAAGUAUUACCUCUCUCCCUCAUGGCUACCAAAGGAGGCAUCGAAUCUCUCGUUUCCCUGUGUUCCACUCUCAUUGAAAAUCAAAAGAAAAAAGCAAGAAUGUCCAAACACACCUUCUGGAAGAACUGGUUGGAAAAAAACUCACAAAAGUCUGCAAAGCACCUUCAGCCACUGAGCCCAGAGCUGAUGCUCCAGGACAAGGGCAUCACCAAUACAAAGGUCUCUGAGGUGACAUCCAUGCUGCAGGAGCUCUUAGACUCCAACAUGUUUAAUAAGGGGGAGGCCAGAGCCAUCAGGUAUAUGUCCACUGUGGUAGAGAAUCUCAACAAGGCCUUGAUCCUCCAGCAAAAGGAGAAUAAGAGUCUGGAGACCAAAUACAGGUACCUGCAGACAGAGAUGACCAAAGAGCUUACCAAUCAGAAGUUGCACUUCCAGAAGUCUACUGAAGCCCUUGAAAGCAAGAGGAAUGCCCUACUAAAGCAGGUAGAGGUUCUAGGGAAAAAGUACCGUGAACUCCUUCUGACAAAUCACAACCUCGAAUUCCAACUGAAGCAGGCUCAGAUGGCUACAGACCAAGCAAAAGUCCAGAAGAAGGUUUUCCUUAUCUCCUCUGAAUUCCCCAAGAAAGAUGCUCUUCUAAAAAAAGAAACAUUCAUGGAAGAAACCGACCUGGAGCCCCAGGAAGAGGAAGAAGACCUGGUUUCUUUACUUCCCCCAUUUCCCAUUACCUCAGCCUGGGUCAAUGAGAGUACAUCUUCAACACAGCCACUUUCCACCAUUAGCCCAGAGUUGAGGACUGCAGAUAAAUUCGGUGACAAGGACACUGGCAACCUUGUGCCACCCUCAGAGGGUGACUUUCCUACAGAAAAGGAAAGAAUGGUGGCAGAAAGCCCAGGCCCUGAAGACAGAGAUCAGGAAGGCCAUUUCCAAGAGAAAGGAGCCCAAAUGAAAUCCGACCUGUCCCCAGAGACUUUGGAGAGAGAAGUUGAGCGCAGGAAGGAGGAGUUUAUCUGGGAGAGGAAGAGGCAGCAAUGGAUGCAGGAGGAAGAGAGAUGGCUACAGAGACAGAGGAAGUGGGCCCAGCUGGAGCUGGAGCACCAGAACAGGCUGCGACAGUGGGAAAUGGAGGCAGCUUCCAGGCAGCAGCCGCAGAAGAAACUCUCUGGCCUGGAAGAGGAUCCAAAGGAGGACAGGCGGAUCUUCAUCACCACCAACCAGUGGAGGAAUCUGGAGAAGGCAGAUAGGUCAUCGGUGCCUCCCCCGAGGCGGGGUCAGUCAGCUCGGCAAGGCAAGCAGCCACAGAUGCCUGGGUCCCUACAUACACAGCAGCGAGGUCUGGGAAACCAGAGGGCAGUGAGUUCAGUUGAACUUACUCCAACAUCAAAAACCAGCCAGAUUCCCAGCAGGCCCAAGAAAUCUGCUUCCUUUCCCAUCACUGGUACAUCCAUUCGAAGGGUGACCCGACCCUCUGUGAAGAGAUCUUUGGUCAUCCCUAGAGAGAAGGUAUACCGCAUGAACAUGGAGGCCCAAAGGCAGAACCUGCAGCUUCUGAGGAGUCACUCAAAGCUGGCACUACCGAACCACCUGAGCAGCAAGGCCCUGACACUCAUCACCACCACCAUGGAUCUGAGCUCUGGCAGGCUGCAGUGCCUGUGCCAAAAGUACAUCCUCUACAGACACUUCCAGAGCUUCCGACAAGAGGUGAUGAGCCACAUACAAAUCUUACAAGAAAUGAGGAUCUCUUACAAGAUCCCAAGCUUCUAUAUUUUACUAGAAAACAUCGACCACCAGCAAUGCCUUGGCCUGCAGACCUGGACAGACAAGCAGAAGUACUUAGAGGCCAAGCGCAAGGAGUGCCUGAACCGCAUGGUGACCAUGUUCCCCCAGCUCCAGCUGGAGUGUAACAUUCAUCUGAACAUCCCUGAAGUCAUCUCCCCAAAGCCCAGGAAAUGCAAGUCAUCCUCAGUCCCGCGUCCCCAGCAUGUCCGCUCUAGCGGCCCCAUGUGCAAACAGCCCUCACUCUCCAAGCUCCGGGAAUGUAUGCCCCUGCGGAUGGCCAGCCAACAGGGAAACCAGAUGGGAGCCAUCUGGAAAACUGAUGUGUCCUCUUCUAGUCACCCAAUAGAAAAGAAGACCCCUGCCAAACAAGCUUGGGACCAGGUAGGGGGAUACCCAGAUAUCCCCCGACUGUUGGCAAGAGAUGAGCAGGCAUCCUAG